UUUUUAGAAUCGUACAACGCAGCAGACCAGUUUAGUUAGAUUUUAAAAUUGGAGGAAAGCACAACGUUCCAACGGAUUUUCAACUGAGGUGGCAAAGAAACAAAAACAAAGUUUACUUACAAUUUUUUUUUUUUUAUUUCGCAAAAAAUUGAGUGUGAAAAUGAAGACGCAAAUCUUUUACAGCUUAGCCAUAAUUUUAUGCGUGCAAUACAUACAAGCGAUGGUCAUAGAAAGCAGUGACAAUGGUGAGCAGCUGCUGCAUUUUGGUUUCAAAACGGAGAACGGUCAAUCGCGUACAGAGGAUAUAACAUACAAUAACACAAUACUUGAUGUUAAUACUGAAAAGGCUGAUGACAAUGAGCUGAAUGCAGUGACAACUGCGAAACCUGCGAAACCUGUGGAGUAUCGUGGUGGCUAUAGUUUCAUCUCUGCCGAUGGCUAUGAAUACACUGUACUCUAUAAGGCUAACAAGAAUGGCUUUCAACCCUAUGUAACGGCGCGUAAAAUUCGAGAUGAUAAAAUUUAAGUAAAAUAUUGCUGGAAAAUAUAAAAUGCUUAUAAAAUUAAUUGUAGUUAUAUUUAGCUGUUUAUGGUAAAAUUAUAUAUCUAUUGAUUAAAUCUUUUGUAUUUUUAAAUUGUGAUAAUAUAAAUGAAUUAGGUUACUUGAAUGUACCUCAUGGAAUUAUAUUUGUAUUGAUGUAUGUUUAGUAUAUAUGCCGUAAUAAAUGUAUGUACAUACAUA